UACAACAGCAGGACAAACUCCAGGAGCAGCAGCUGAAAUCUGUUAAAGAUGGAGUUUGUUAAAGAGGAGACUGAAGAUGUGAGUGAUCCAGAAUGAAUCAUGAAGAUACUGAGGAACAAACAGGUACUGCCCCAGUUCAGUUCAGUAAAAGUAAUGUUUGAGAUUUGAAUCCAGAUCAAAGGAGUUUUAUCUUUCCGCGCCCCCUGGAGGAAGACGAGCCAAUAACAGCUGCUGCUCAGUGAGUCACGCGCAUGCGCGCUACGACAGAUGUUCACGACAGUGGAGGACGCGUUCACAGCAGCAAGCAUGAAAACUGCAGUUCUGACAGAUGUCUGAUAUAUUAUUAUAAAUAUGGAGAUGUUUAAAGAGGAGAUUGAUAUGUGUGAUCCAGAACCAUCCAGAAUGAAUCAUGGAGAUACUGAGGAACAAACAGACCUGACGGAAGCGAAGGAGGAACAUUUAGAACUGAACGAAGAGGAAAAUAAUUUCUCCCAAAGACCGGAAGCCAAAACCCCCUUCGCCUGCCCUCAAUGUGAAAAGAGGUUCACACAGAAAGGAAGUCUCAUUAGUCACCUCAGAAUUCACACCGGAGAGCGUCCCUACACGUGUUCGCACUGCGGCAGGAGCUUCACCCGUAAAUACAGCCUGAAUGUGCACUUGAGAGUCCAUACUGGAGAGAGACCAUACGCUUGCACUCAAUGUGCAAAGACUUUCACGCAAAAGGAACACCUGAAUAAUCACAUAAGAAUUCACGCUCGAGAGAAACCCUUCGUGUGUCAGCAAUGUGGAAGUGGUUUCACACGUAACGACAGCUUGAAGAACCACUCCAGGAUCCACACUGGCAUAAAGCCCUUUAUUUGCCCUCAGUGUGGAAGGAGUUUUAACUGGGCUCACAAUUUCAGCAGCCACCUGCGCUCUCAUGCUGAAGUGAAGACUUGUGAUCGGUGUGGCGAGAAAUGUCCAUCUGCGUCCGCUUUAAGAUAUCACCUCCAAACUCAUGCAAACGAAGGGCCUCACUUGUGUUCUUCAUGCGGAAAGAGUUUUGGACGGCUGGACUCUUUUAAAGUGCACCAGAAGUUGCAUAGCGGCGUGAGACCUCACGUGUGCUCAGACUGCGGAAGGACGUUUAAUAAAGCCACCAACUUGAAAGAGCACCAGAAGAUUCAUUCUGGAGAAAGACCGUACAUGUGUUUGCUCUGUGAUAAGAGUUACAGCCAGUCAGGAUCCCUGAAGGCACACGAGCGGGUUCAUACUGGAGAACGACCGCAUCGCUGCGCUCAGUGUGGGAAGAGUUUCUUCAAAUCAAGUCAUCUGUUGGCACAUACAGAAAUACACCGUCCAAAGGCUUCACAGUGAUAAACCACAAACAGACUUGGAACUUUCUAAGAAGAUAUUGUCUGGUGUAAGUGCAGUGUUUUGUAUGGACAAUGUAAAGAAUUUAAAUAUAUAUAUAUAUAUAUAUGCAUGAUAGCUGAAAUAACAUAAAGAGAUGUAAAAAACAAGACGUUUUUUCAUGCACUGGUCAAUUUUGAGAUUAGAUUUUUUUUUUGACUUGUGGACAGUAAAUAUUCAAAAUACACCUUUAACAAUUUAUUUUAUUGCACUUUAUGUAUCUGCAUCUGAUUAC